AUGGUGAUGCUCAGGAAAGAGAUUCUGUGAACUGGUAAUCCAAUGACAGGCCUGCGGUCAGAAUCCAAUAUCUCAGCAGGGGAGCAGGGGCGGACUGACAACUCAUGGGGCCCCUGGGCAAUAAGGGAUCAUGGGGCCCCUGUGUCCUUGCCCAAACUCAAAAAAGGUAUGAAAAAGGUACCAGGGGCAUCUCAUGGGGCCCCCUACUGACCCCAGGCCCUCGGUCAGUGCCCGAGUUCCCAAAUUGUCAGUCCGACCCUG